AUGUAUGAUUUUGAUUCCGGCGGCAGAGGAUACUCCCGAAUCAGGGGAGGAGAUCAAGGGGCAAUGAUUACGGGCUGGGUGGCGGAGGAUCCUCCCGAUAUCAGGGGAUACGAGCUGGGCGGGCGGGGGAUGGAAUUGGAAUGGAGGAUUUGGCCAGCUGAUUCCGGGUUAAUAUACUGCUGGUCUUCUGCCAUUAAGGCACUAGACGGUGGUUCACGCCGGAUUUUGCCGUUCACUCCCGCCAGAAUGCUUGGCGCCACCACCAAGAAUCAGUAG